CUAUUCGAUUUGUUUCGUUUCAUAUAUCGCUUUACUUUUUACGUUCGUGGGGAGUAGGAUAUAUCGUUUAGUUCGAGAAAGUAAAACGUAUUUUGUUUAUUCAGUCCUGUGCAUAAAUAACUAUUAUACCUCGAGAGGAAAAUACAAUUUAAUACUGGCGAAUGACACGCUACUCUUACUAUUGCCCUAUAUAGCUGAUGGGUUAUAAAUCCUCUGGAUUUAUAUGUAUACAAUUUGCAGCAAGCCAGUUCUCGACUUGUAUUUGUUCUUUAAAUGCCAAUAGUAAAAUUUUAUUUAUGCUGCCAAGAGAAUAAAUCUUAAACAAACAAGAAAUUGAUGUAAAGAGAAAAAAACUGAAAGUAGAGUAAUAAUUAAUUCUACAUUUAGUGAGAAUGAAAUAAAAUCGGUGAAAUAAAUAAUUCUUUGUAAAUAUAAAAAGUAUUCCAAUAAGCUAAAGACAAAUUUUAAUUAAUCUCCAUUCAAAUAAAAUAUAUGGAGAUGAGUUCGUCACCAACACCGCCGUUGGAUACGGCAAUUAACAGACACGUCCCUUUUAAAAGUUAUAAUUAUCCGUUAGCUGACUCCAAAUUUUCCAAUACCACUGUUUCUAUCUGUGAUACUAUCAAACGUUAUAGUAGAUCACAGCUCUUUGAUCUUCGCAACGAUUCACAUUCUCGUCGCCGACCUGAACCUAACCUACAAGCUGAUCUGCAGUCUCUUGGUAUAUGGAAAUUUAAUGCCAGUGGUAGCGUACAUCAAAAUGGGGUUAACGCAAGCAGUGAAGGAGCUUCGGUAUCUGCCAAUUUAUGUGGCGGUAGUCAUUCGGUACAAAUUUCAUCUACUUAUUUGAAUGUUCGUUCACAACGCUCCCCUUCAAGACGUGAAAUAAAUACGGCUGUAAACAUUACAAAUUCAUCAUACCAACAUAAUUUGUCUCAUCACAGCCUUCACAAGACUUACAUAGAUCAUCGUAGCAUUUCUUCGUCUCAUCUCAUGCCAGCGUUUGCGAAGAGGCGAAUAGCUGCUUCGUCCACAACCUCAAGUAAUGCAACAGGAAUGGUUCCCCAAAAUUUACCUGGAAGUGGAAAUUCUUCAUUUGGACCCAAUUCUCCUGUUGGUAUACGCUCGCAAACCCCAACAGAUGGAAAGGAUGGCAUAUUAUAUAGCAAUAUUUCUGGCGGAAGUAAUGGUAAUAUGAGACAACGCACUAAAGAACAAUUAUAUAAUUACCGACAAGGUGGAAGUACCACUGGCCAUAUUGUUGGAGAAGAUCACAACUUAUUCUUAUGUCCUCAACGAAAUGUAUUGGAUCAUGAUCGCGACCGAGAACAAGAGCUUCAGUCAAACAAUGGCCGCUUAUCUUCACCUGUUACACAAGGUUCCUCCAGACACAGUCACAAUAGCGUUGGUAUUGCCCAUGAACGACGAAUCGGAAGUGGUCGCUUACUUCCACGCGACGUCAACUGGGACUACCGUACUGUUCAAGAUAGAGACAAAAUCCUAAAUCUGAACUCUGUUUCCAUAUCGGAGAAAGACGCAUUACCAUUAACCCAUUUAGGACAGGCGCGAAGUGGUGGUCGGUACUCUGAUCGAACUCAUGAUCGCACUGCUGGAGGUAAUGGAUAUACGGAACGACGACCAUUUGAUCGUCGUGGUGGAGGUUGUGACGAUAAUUCUCGUGAUAAAUAUGAGCAUGUUAAUAGCACACUAUCACCCAAUGUCCAUAGUAGUAUAACAAGGAGAGAUAUGUACGGAUCAGAAUUAUCCACAAACCAGCAUACUGCAUCUCAUAACCGUAAUAGACGCAAUCACCAAUAUAACGAAAAAAAUGAAGAGCCAGAAUGGUUUAGUGGUGGACCAACAUCACAACAUGAUACGAUUGAAUUGCGAGGAUUUGAAGAAACUGACGAUCAUUACAAUGGCAACAUCAGUGGUAAUAACAAACGACCAACAUUAUCAGCAUCGUCACGAAAGAUAACUGAAAGUUCAUCAUCGCGAGCAAGUAGUACCUUGUCUACUUCGAAAGAACAAUUACAUGAAUCGCUUGACCAGGAUAAAGCAGUAAAUCGCAGCUUAAAUAUAUCUCCAAAUUCAUUAAAACCCUCUAAUAAUUUCGAACAUGGGGAUUCGCUGAAUAAAGAAGAAGGAAAAAAUAAUUUUAAGCGCAAUGGCGAUAGUAACAACAAUCAUAAUAAUUCAGAAAAAAAUAUAAAAAAUAAAUUAACUAUUGAUGUAGUCAUACCUGAUUUCUUGGAAGAAAAAAACGCAGCAACGCCAAAUAGUUCGAGUAACGUACGAGUUAAUACGAAAGAUUCGGAGUUUAAUUUUGACGCCUUCCUAAAUCCAAAUCUUGAUCCGCUUAAACAUUCGCUCAUGCGAGGAGAUAAUCCAAAUGGGGAUGAAAAUGAAGUAAUGGGUAGCUCACGAUUUAGUCGUUGGUUUGUAAAGAAAAAUGGAUCCAGUGGCACUCAAUCAUUGUCGGGCGGCAACAAUGGCAAUAACAUUACUUUGGGACUUCUUGAAGAUAAGAGUGAAGCUAAAAAUGAAACAAAUACUCUAAUGGAAUUUUUAAACAAACUGCCAACUUUGCCGGACCCACAGAAAGUACCCACCAUAACUAGUGUAGAGGAACUAGAAGCACGUAUGCGUAGUAUGAAUACUGGCACUGGAAUGUCGUCCAAUACUCCAACGACUGGGUCAGAAAUUCCAAAGAAAAAGGAUCAAGACCUGGCCCAAGAAAUAGGUCUUCCAAAUGCAACCGAACCGUUCAAUUGUGGACAACCUCAAGCAGGAGAGAUAGAAGCGUUCAAGAAGUUAUUAGAACAAUUAGGGUCUGGAAGCAAACAGCAGCAUACACAUCCUCAACAGCAUUUACCACCUUCCAAUUUACAAAUGAAUGUGUUAAUACCGCCGCAAAAUCGCACUGUGCCGGUACCUCCGCUGAAUGUUAUGCAGUUGGGAACUAUGAUGUCUGAUGCACAUUUGACCCAUCAGGGGUUAAUUAAGAAUGAUGAGUUGAAAAAAGUAAUGCAUCUACAAUCUCUUAACCAACAUCAUCAAAAUAAUGGAGAUAUUAACAAUGUGUCACAAUCACAACUCCAGUAUUUGUCAAGUUUGUUCGCAAAUCAACCACAAAAACUUUUGGAGGCACGGCAUAUAUACCAGUGUAUAACACGUGGUGAAAUACCAAUUCAUUUCUUGGAGCAAGAAAUGAACAAUCCAAAUGCUUCACCACAUGCCAAAGAAGUAAUAGCUGCAACUUUACGUGAGACGUCGGCUGGGUCUAUUUUAAACUGCAAUGUAUCACAGAGUCAGGCAUUAACUAAUUCAAUGCCAGGACAUCAACAGAAUCAUUCUCCUAUACCCUUGUGUCACAACGGACCGCCCAUGCCCAAUCAAACUCCAACAAAUACAUCGAGUGAUUCACUACAACAGCAACAGCUAUUACAACAAAUUCCGAAUUCUAAUGCUAUACUUCCAGGACAAACAGAUCUAAUCUCUCUUCUGCCAUUAACCCAGGCUUCAAAUCUUCAAACUACCCCGAAUCAACGAGAUUUACAAUUCCAUACGCAAACAAUAAUGCAAAACGCUAUGUUGAAGAAGAAAAUAGAGGAACAACAGCAGCAACAAAAAGAUUCUCUAAGAAGACGUCAGGAAAUUCAGAAGCAACCACAAGCGAACAUCUUGUCAGUACUAAAUGAAAUCGAUAUGCAACAAGUUCCAAUUUCUAAUAGCAUGCAACAACAACCAGCGGUUACCCAACAGCAGCCUCAUAUUCCGCAUACCUUGCAACAUCAGCAUCAACAAUCACGACAUAUUAACUCACCAACGCCGCUAGCCUUCACACCAACAUCAGUGCUUCGCAAGAUGACUGCCGAAAAAGAUAAUCCGAACACAAACACAACAACCCACAGUGCUACAAACGAUGUUAUACAGCAGCAAAACAAAAGUCUAACACAAACUACUUUUAUAAAUUCCCAAAAUACACAUCAGCAUAUGCAGCAUCAGCCAAUUACAACUCAGCCAAGAAUGAUACUUGGUGGUAACCACUCACAACAACAACUGCAAAUAAGUACCAAUAACCAGGUCCCUCCACAAUCUUUAGCUCAGAUAUCUCAGCAAAUACCGAUGCAGUCUUCACGAAAUACACUAGCUCCAAUGAAAUGGCCGUUACAUUUGGUAAAUCAAAACAUGAGUGCUAUUAAGCCAAUGGGGCGUCCAAUUUUGAAAGGUCCUUUGCCGCCACAACCAAGUAGCCAGCAACAUCAGCCGCAGCAAAUGCAGCAGAUAUCUCAACUGAUGUUUACUAAAUUAGAUUUUCAACAAAUGCAACAGCGGUUGAAAAAUAAUCAGACCACGCAGCAUAUGUUAAGCCAGUCUACACCUCAAUUUCCUCCACAUACAAUAGCGUCACCACAACCACCGAGCCAUAGUAAUCUCCUGACACAUGUACAACAACAGCAACAAAUGUAUCACCAACAACAACGUGCCCUAGCUUUGCAAAGACAUCAACAGCAACAACUUCACCUGCAGCAGCAAUUGCUCAAACAACAACAAAACACAGUAGAUACAUCCAAUCACAACAUUUGUAUGCCAUCAUCCUUGGCAAGUGAUAGUAAUGCUGUGUCAAAUAACGCCGCUGCCACUGCGGUGAAUAUAAUAAAUUAUCGAGAUGGUACAUUGUCUCCAACAAGUAAUCAACUGGCGCAAUGGUUUUCGCCUGAGCUAUUAGCGCAAGCAUCUGCGGGGAAACUUCCACUGCUCAAUAUGAAUCAAGCUCUAAGUUUAGAAGAGUUCGAAAAAAACAUACAACAUUCCUCAACAACGGUGCACAAUUAAUGCCACAAAUAACUUGGCAUAUUUUAUUUAAAAUUGUGUGUUAAUUGGGAAUCAGAUUAUUUUAAUAUCAUUCAAUUAAGUUCAUAUGCUUGCUUGGCAUAUUAAAAGACCUAAAAGUAUCCUUUAUCUAUUAAAAGUUAACCACAAAAUUUGAGCAAACAAAAAAACAUAGUUUUUAAUAUAAAACUAAUAGGAAAUAAAACUUUUACUGUAGCAUAUUCUCUUUUUAUCAUUAUUGUAACUAUUCUACCAUACGUUUAUCAAUAAGUAUCUCAAUUAUUGUAAAUGCAUUAUUUAAAUUGAAACG